GUUUUUUUGUUUUUUUUGUUUCAAAAGAUGUGAAAUCAAAAUGUGAACAGAAUUAAAAGGAACGAGGAAGGCAAACUGAGAACGGAAAUGGAUUUAUUUCUUGAUAAUCAAGAAAAUGAAGAACAUGCCGACACGCUGGCAGACACGAUCUCCACAUCUGCUGUAGAGGGAAAGUGCCAGUAUGACAGAAGUUUCCUUCUGCAGCUCCAGUUUGCAAAGGCUUCCAUGACAAAACCAAAUGCAUUGCCCAACUUGCCAGAUGUUAUUCUUGAUAAGCCUUAUUCCCGAGAAGUAACUUCUACCACAAACUUUGAACCGAGAUACAACAUGCCAGAUUUUACAUUUGGAUAUGCAUGUGGGCCAAAGUUUUAG